ACAGAACACAACAGGAAGAGCAGCAGAGCACCGAGUGACGAGACUAUCGGUAGCCGAUGAAUCGCCAUGUUAGGAGCUUGUUAGAAUUACACACGUCUACGGGGAAAGCAGCACCGGGAGAUCGCAUCCAGAAGCCGAAUUACAAAGCAACAAGAAAAUCUCAGCCGUGUACUGUACCCAUAGUCACACGCCAUGCCUCCAAAGUUCAAGAGGCACCUCAACGAUGAGGAGGUCACUGGGUCCAUAAAAAGUGAGAGAAGAAAUCUGUUGGAGGAAGACUCUGAUGAAGAGGAAGACUUCUUCUUGAGGGGACCUUCUGCUCCUAAGUUUGGACCAAGGAAUGACAAGAUCAGACAUGUGCAGAACCAGGUGGACGAGGUCAUUGAUGUCAUGCAAGAAAAUAUCACCAAAGUGAUAGAACGAGGAGAGAGACUGGAUGAACUGCAAGAUAAGUCUGAAAGUUUAUCAGAUAACGCGACAGCAUUCAGCAGCAGAGCAAGACAUCUCAGGAGACAGAUGUGGUGGCGGGAAUGCAAGAUGAAAGCAAUCGUUGCGUUGGUCUUCAUUUUCAUCCUGCUAGUCAUUAUUGUUCCCAUUAUCCUGAAGUAUCGCUCCUAACUAUUUGGACAUGAGCCAUUCCACUCGGUCUCCAAAUUCUGGAACUCUGUAUUACCUUUCUUAUAACACUUCAUCUUCUCCCUGUAAAGGGACCGAGUCAACAUUCCUCAUGGACAAUAAUUACUGACAUGGGUUCCUGUAAAUGAGAAAGAAGAAGUUCUUUCCCGCAUUUCCUACUUAUUGUCUUUUGGUUGGUUCCUUAACACAUUGUGCACAAGCAAGAGGUAGCGUUGUUGGCGAUCCACGUGGAUCCACAUGUGCCAGGACUGAACAAUAUAUAUAGCAUUAAACCACGUGGAGCAGAUAUGUAAAUGUCUAGAUUUUCAACAAGGCUAACGUUACUGGACACAAGAGUUUCCAACAGGUAGAUAACAAUAGUCAUCCCUGAGAAGCCAUAAAGGCCUUCUACCUGAAUAGUGCAACACAAUCCUAGGUUUCGCUCUGACUUCACAUUACUCCAUGGUUUUGUUUGCCAUUCCAGUUUUAUAUUAAAGGACUUGUCACCUGUCCAUAGGUGAGAAUUCUGAUCAGUGGGGGUCUGACCGCUGGGAAAUCCUCCCCGAUCACAGGUUCCUGGAGUGAGUGGAGCAGUGGUCACACAUUUGAGCUGCUACCUCAUUCAACUCUAUGGGACUGCCAAAAAGAAGCAUUGUGGGCAUCUCUGGCAGCCCCAUUGAGGUGAAUGACGGUAUGGUCAUUCCAGAGACUCAUGGACCUGGUUUUCAUGAUUGGUGGGGGUGUCUGUGGUCAGAACCUCAUUGAUCAGAUGCUAAUCAAUGAAGUCAUAUAGUGGGACAACCUCUUUAAGGGCUAUGCACACCUUUUGGGGGGGGGGGGGGGGCAUUGUUUGCUUUUUCCCCAUUUUGGGCUAAAAAUCAUUUUUUCCAUUAGUCGUUGUUAAAAAUGUUCAGCCAUUUCUAAGUACACGGGUUAAAAAUCAGUCUGUUUGCAAGCUGUCGCUUUGUUUCCUUUGAAUCCCAUCAUGUGACGGCUCAUGUGUAGCUCUGAUCACUGAUCUCCUUGACUUCACUUAUCGGUUUUGUAAGAAUUGAGUUUUUAUGGGGUCAGGCAAUCAAAAGGAAGAUCUACAACAUGAGCUGUCAGAUGAUGGGAUUAAAAGAAAACAAAGUGACAGCAUGCAAACAGACAGAUUUUCAACCCCUGUACCUCUAAAAUGGCUGAGCUUUUUUAAUAAAGACGAAGUGAAAAAAACAAAAAAAAAGUAAUUUUUUAUUAUUUUUUUCCCAGAAAAUUAGGAAAAUGCACUCGUACAAAAAGCCCCAAAGGUGUCCAUAGCUUUUAAGUCUAUCACUCUGUGAAUCUUUUAUUGGACGCAAUAUCUAAUUUUCACCGGCUAUAGGCAUUGCAGACAUUUUUAAACUACUGCAAAUUUGGCAAAAGAAGGCGCUCAUAGGGUAGUAAGUUUUGGGUACCAGAUCUAGAGAGUAUGCUGUGUCAAUUGUUAUGCUCACUUUCUGGUGUUGUGCAUGCGUCAGUACAACACUCGCUAAGGGGAGGGGGGGGGGGGGAGA